AGACGUUAUAAUCGCCUUCUUUAUUUCCCGGUGAAGGCGAGGAGCAAGGAUUCCCAGGUCAGUCGCCUGAGUUUCGGAGCUGAGACAGUAACUACAGUGUGACGAAUGGAGUGCAAGGCGGCGUUGUCCCGGUGGCUUCUGCUGCUCUUCUUCUGGUGUGCUCACCUGCUGCUGCGCUCGUGUUCGUCGGAGAUCCAUCGCAGCCACUUCCCUCCCAGCUUCCUCUUCGGGACCUCCACUUCUGCUUACCAGAUUGAAGGCGGAUAUUUGGAGGGUAAGAAAGGACUAAGCAAUUGGGAUGUGUUCACUCAUAAGCAAGGUACAAUUGAGGAUGGAAGCAAUGGUGAUAUUGCUGCUGAUCACUACCAUCGUUACAUGGAGGACAUCGAGCUGAUGCAUUCCUUGGGUGUCAACUCAUAUCGAUUCUCCAUAGCGUGGACAAGAAUUCUACCAAGAGGCCGAUUCGGAGAUAUAAAUCCAGACGGCGUGGCAUUCUACAAUCAAAUUAUUGAUGCUCUUCUGCAAAAAGGCAUUCAACCAUUUGUUACAAUAUUUCAUUAUGACAUUCCACAUGAACUUGAAGAGCGAUAUGGUGGAUGGCUGAGUCCAGCAAUCCAGAAGGACUUUGGUUACUUUGCAGAAGUGUGCUUCAAGAUGUUCGGUGACCGAGUAAAAUUCUGGGUUACAAUGAAUCAGCCUAACUUAUUGGCAAAAUUCGCUUACAUGGAUGGAUGGUUCCCGCCUAGUCGUUGUUCGAAGCCAUUUGGGAAUUGUGUCUUUGGAAAUUCUUCAAAAGAGCCGUACAUAACCGCUCACAAUAUGAUUCUUUCACAUGCAAACGCUGUCAGCAUUUACAGAAAUAAUUAUCAGAAGAAACAAGGUGGAUAUAUUGGAAUUUCUGUCGGCGCGAGAUGGUAUGAACCAUUGCGAAAUACCACGAUUGACCUACUAGCAGUUGAGCGGGCUAUAUCUUUCAAUGUUCCAUGGUUUCUAGACCCUAUGAUUCUUGGUGAUUAUCCUCCAGAGAUGCACGAAAUCUUGGGUCCAAACCUACCUGAGUUCACCAUAAAGCAGCGGAAGAAACUACGUGAAACAAAAUUGGACUUCAUUGGACUAAAUCAUUACUCAACAUAUUAUGUGAAAGACUGCAUCUUUUCUUCAUGUGCACUGGACCCUAUCGAUGGGGAUGCGCUAGCGGUUAGUUCUGUAGAAAGAGAUGGGGUGCUUAUAGGGAAAGAGACAGGAGCGCCAUUCUUUUACGAUGUUCCACGUGGGAUGGAAGAGGUGGUUAUGUACUACAAACAAAGAUACAAUAAUACAACAAUAUAUAUCACAGAAAAUGGUUAUGCUCAAGCAAGCAAUAGCAGCAUGAGUGCUAAUUAUUUCACCAGUGACACGGGAAGAAUUGAUUAUAUGAGUGGCUACCUCAAAUUUUUAGCCUCAGCCAUAAGGAAAGGAGCUGAUGUACGCGGUUACUUUGUAUGGUCCCUUCUCGAUGACUUCGAGUGGACGUCUGGAUACACGGACAGAUUCGGGAUCUACCAUGUCGACUUCAAGACGCUGCAAAGGACGCCGAAAUUAUCAGCUCAAUGGUACAGGAAUUUCCUCAAGGGUUCACUUCUGACAAGAGAAUUCCAAAAUGGAUCUGAACCGCAGCAGUAUACUUCUUGAGGCAAUGAUCCUCGUGCCUGAUUACUAUGUAAAACAUGAUGCUUGGCGGACUUCUCGAGUAUUACUCUCUUGUUUAUCUCUUUGACAUUUGAAAGCAUUUUGAUAAGACUGGGUGGGUGGUGUGCCAGGCACCAGUAUUUUGUCCUAGGGAUUGGUACCACUCAUGUGCUUUACUUGAUGUUUUCUCUUUCAUCGA